UUUUAUAGAAAUUUUAAUAUGGCAGAAUCCCAAGUAUUUAGAAGACCUGCAUUGCCACUACCUCCUAGAGGUUAUUAUUUAAUUAAUAUUUUUUAAAUUUAAUUUAAAGAUGUUAAACGUCCUCGACUCGAUGAAGGAGCGCUUGUACCCGUUGAAGGAACACGAAAUGAAGAAAAUGGUCAACAACGCCCUUCAUCACUUCAAAGUCCCAUAAUGCUUCUAACUGGACAUGAGGGGGAAAUUUUUGGGGCGAGAUUUAGUCAUGAUGGAAAUAUAUUGGCUUCGGUUGGAUUUGAUAUGAAAAUAUUUUUGUGGAGCGCUCGAGGAGAGUGUGAGAAUUUCUCAACAAUUACUGGACAUAAAGGAGCAAUUAUGGAUGUGCAUUUUAAUACAGAUACAAGGCAAUUUUUUUUAAUUUUUAAAAUUAUUUUGUGUCUUUUGUGGCAAUCCCGGAGAAUUGGGGUCCUUGCGGAAAUUAAAAAUAAAAAAAAUUAUCUGUAUACUUGUUCAACAGACAAAACUGUUCGUGUUUGGGAUAUGGAAACGGGUGUUUGUGUUAGACGAUUUCGCUCACAUUCGGAUUUUGUUAAUGGUUGUCAUCCAGCUAGAAGAGGGCCUGAUAUUGUUCACGAUUUACGAAAAAGAAAACCGGCAAUUAUUUUUGAAAAUAUAAAUAAAUAUCAAGUCACAACUGUUACUUUUAAUGAUACAGCUGAAUUGGUUUUGAGUGGUGGAAUCGAUAAUGCUUUGAGGGUUUGGGAUAUACGUAAAAAUUCCCUUCUCCAUUCAAUGCAUGGACAUUCUGACACAGUUACAGGACUUUGUUUAAGUCCAGAUGGAAGUUUUGUUUUAUCUAAUGCUAUGGAUUGUACAGCACGCAUUUGGGAUAUUCGUCCUUAUUCAACUUCACAAAGAUGUGUAAAAACAUUGAGUGGACAUCAACAUAAUUUUGAGAAGAAUUUAUUACGAUGUGCUUGGUCUCCCGAUUCCCAUAGAGUUUCUUGUGGUUCAAGUGAUCGUUUUGUUUAUGUUUGGGAUGUUGGUUCUAGAAAUAUUGCUUAUAAACUUCCUGGACAUCAAGGAUCUGUUAAUGCUGUUGAUUUUCACCCAACAGAACCAAUAAUUCUUUCUGCUGGAAGUGAUAAAAGGAUAUUUUUGGGGGAAUUGACACGUUAA